AUGAAGUAUUGCGGAAUGAAUGUACAAAGUGAAUCUGAAGUUGAAAGUUUAUUGAUGAGUCCUUGCUGGAGUCAAACACAAAAUGGUAGUGCCGAUCAAUUUUUAUUGGAUGGUCAUAAAUUACUAUUAGAUCAUGAUUUAGACUCGUUACCUGGUGAUGAUUCGGAUCAAAAAGAGUCUCUUUUAGAUAAUUUAUUAUUAAAUUCAUCAACAUUAAGUGGUAGUUUAUCUGAUUUAAAACCAUUACCGCCAUUUACUGGUUAUACAGGACAUUUAUCAAUAAAUGGUAUAUCUGGACAUCAUUAUCAUGCUAUAGCUCAAAGAUUACCAGACGAUAGUAAUAACAAUAAUCACAGUAAUCCGAAUAAUAAUAACACAAACAAUAAUAACAAUAACAAUAAUAAUAAUAAUAAUAGUAGUAGGUCAAAUGGAAAUAAUGGAAAUGGCAUUAAUAGUAACAAUACAAAUGGAAAUAGUGGAAAUGUUGGGACAACAAAUAAUUCAGCAGAUCAUAAUAUAGUCUCAUCAUCUACAUGUUUACCUGAUAGUGUUCUUAGUUCAGAUUGCGGAACUGAUUGCCUACAAGAUGUUAAGUUAUUUGCUGAAAGUCCGAUUGAAACCAAAUUAUAUUCGGUAGCUGAUAGUUGUGUUAUGUCAGAUCAUAGCGGAGGACCGGAUUCAGUUAGUGGUGGUGUUAGAAUAUAUACAGAUGCAAAAGAAUUAAGUGAAUAUGUUGAUAUGAAUUCAAUUGAUGAUAUUGCUGCUAUUAUAGGUUCUGCUAUAGCUGAUACAACAGUACCAAAUCAAAAUGAUAAUGAUGAUGGUAAUACAUCAAGAGAUUCAUGGAUGGAUAUUGAUGCAUGGAUCGAUGGUAAUUGUAUAACACAACAAGAUGCAAAAUUACUUGUAUCACAGCAUCAAGAUGCAUUAAAUGAUUUUAUCUUGCCACAUUCUCCAAUACACCAUCAUUCAAAUAGUAAUUCAUCAACGUUACAAAGUUUAUUAACGCAUGGUUAUAUGCCAUUAUUACAAAAUCGUUUACAAAAUGGUCCGCCAACGAUUAAAACUGAAACACCAUCAUCAACAUCAUAUUGUAAUGAAUUAAGUUCAACAAAUAGUCCACCAGGUUCAGUAGUUUCAACAACAGAUAAUUUAAUGAUUAAUGGUAGAUAUUUAUCAUCAACAAAUUCACAUCAUUAUGGUACACUAUCAAUAUCAAGUUUAAAACCAGAUGGUUUAUGUAGCCCAGAUCAUUUAUUAGGUAAUGGUAAUAGUAAUAAUAAUAAUUAUCCUCAUACAACAACAAUAACACCUGUAUCUGUACCAAAAACAAAACGUUCUAGAACACAAAAAAAACAUCAACAACAACAGCAGCAUAAUGGUGGUAUCUUACAAAAUGGUGGCCAACAAGUUACCCAAUCAACAGUUAGUUUUAAUAAUGCAAAUGAUUUAUCUGGUUUAUUAGGUAAAGAAAAACCGGUACAUCGUUGUAAUAUAUGUAAUCGUGGUUUUCUAAAUAAAUCUAAUAUUAAGGUACACUUAAGAACACAUACCGGUGAAAAACCAUUUCGUUGUGAUGUUUGUUCAAAAGCAUUUCGACAGAAAGCACAUUUACUCAAACAUCAACAGAUACAUAAGAGAAUUGGGCGCGAUUGA